ACUGUGGAUAGAAGAAGUCAAAGAAGUGAGUUGCAGGUGUAGGAGAGCUUGCAGACUACACAAUGGAUUGCACCUUCUUUGUGGCAAUUAUCAAAUUAAUUUUUUAGUAAUAAACUUAGCAAAUAUUCAUCAUUGCUGUUAAUAAGCGGCAUAAAUGAUAGUAUUUUAAAAUGGCUACAAUUAUACAGAAAAAUGGGAUGAAGUCACUAUCCAACGGUGCAGUAAACCAUUUGGUUAUGGACCAGUAUUUGAUGAAAGAUCCAGUUCAGGCCCAAAUGAAGACAGAGGACCAGCUUCAGUUGCAGACAAUGCAGGCACAAAACAGCAUUGUGGAACAGUGUGUGAAAGAAAGUGAAGAACCUGAACCAGAAAUAGACAUUGUAAUUAACAAUGUGGUGUGUAGUUUUAGUGUUAGGUGUCAUUUAAAUCUGCGACAAAUAGCUCUCAAUGGAAUAAACGUUGAAUAUCGGCGAGAACAUGGGAUGGUAACCAUGAAACUCAGAAAGCCAUAUACAACAGCCUCCAUCUGGUCAUCAGGGAAGAUCACGUGCACCGGUGCCACCAGUGAGGACGAAUCCCACAUCGCCGCUCGUCGCUUUGCGCGGAGGCUACAGAAACUGGGCUUCAAAACUCGCUUUGCCAACUUCCGUAUCGUCAACGUUUUGGGCACAUGUUCCAUGCCAUUUUCCAUCAAGAUAAAUGCUUUUUCUGAAUAUCACAAACCACAGGCAGAGUAUGAACCAGAACUUCACCCAGGUGUGACUUUCAAGUUAAAACAGCCCAAAGCAACCUUAAAAAUAUUUUCUACAGGGAGCAUAACCGUGACAGCACCUUGUGUGAAUGACGUGCAGCAGGCAAUCGAGUACAUCUAUCCUCUAGUCUACCAGUUCCGUAAAGAACGCACAAAAGAAGACGAACUGUUGGCGUCCCAGAAGAGUGCACAGGGGCGGAAGCGCAAGGUGGCCUGCGUGGACAGCGAGGACUCGUAUGAAGAGGAGAGCGAGGACAGCUGUGAAUAGCCGGGCCAGGUCGCAGCACUUAUGGGCCAAAGGAAUUUAGCUAUAAAGAUUAUGAUUAACAAGUUUACUACUUAGAUAUGAGCGCACUCCUACCAAUCGCAGACUCGCUCAUUCUCGUUCUCGACCGACUGAACUGGACUCGUUUAGUUUUAUACCUCGGUGCAAAACCUGUCGUUCAUAGUUACUAUAUUUAUUGGUUUUUUAAAUUUAAUAUUUCUAAUCAGUGUCUUACUGGAGAAAUUAGUUGUGUUGACAGGUGAACUGAAAUGCCAAAGACUUGAAAACAGGAUGAGAACUGUAUUAAGUUUUGCUGUUGACCUUGAAUAAUUUUUUAUAAUAAAGCAAUAGAUGGGAUAUUGAUGUUAUACAUUAAAUACUGUUCUCGCUUGAUACAUUUGGUUUUUUUAGUUUAAUGUUCAUUGAUGUCUCACCCCACAUUGUGGAUCCCACUGGAAAGGCAUUUUGUAAAUUACAGACGGACUCAAAUAAAUGUGUUUCUCCCUGGUUAUGUCUUCCUGAUAUAUUUUGUCAUUAAACUUUUCUUGUGGUUGAUUAACUAUUCUACUGAAUACUUUUCAUCCCAAGACAUUUAUUAAACUUAGAUAAUAUAAAAUGUAUUGCAAGUAAGUAGUAAAUUGGAAUUAAAAGAUGAGCAAUACACAUUCAAUUGAGAUUGGUAUACACUAUGAUGUAACACAUGACUAAAUAAAUUGUCGUCUCUUGUGUGUAGAUAAAAUUAGUGUUUGUUAAAAUGAGCUUUUUGUGCUUUUUUCCAGUAACACCAGUGAUAUCCGCAUUUAUGAGUGGUACUGCAACAUUAGCUUUGUGAUUGUUCAUACUUAUGUAGAGCUGAACAAGCGACUAUAAACAGGUGCUGAUAGACCGUACUAUGUGAUACUGAUGACUACCUUAUCAAAGUGUUAGGAGAGUGGAAGAGAGAGAGUAAUUAUUACUGUAGUGAUAACUCCUGUUAAUCUUUAAUUUGCAUUUUAGCUUCCGGUGGGAUCCAAGUAAACUUUGUUUUAGUUAUACGAUCAAAGCACACAAUAAAACUCAAUAAUUUUUGUUCCUUUGCUUUUGAUUUAGUUUAAUUUAAUUAUGUAAAAAUUGUUAACAUGUGUACGAUGUUGGACACCCUUAUAACCACAGUUUGUUUUAUUUACGGUGUCAUGUCGUACCUAUAUUUCCUUUAAUUCAGUUUGUUUUCUAUGAAAGAUAUCUCACCGAGUAAGAGAGUAGAUUUAGUUACUUUUAUUUAUUUUAAUUAUAGUUAUCGUUGUUAUUUUUAUCGUACUGACUGGAUAUAUUUAUGUAUCAAUAGAAUGUACGAGUAUUCUUUGUUUAUUAGUUAAGACAUUGAAGCCUAGAUGACAGCGUUUGUUUACCUUUAGGUUAUCUUGUCUGUGAAUCUUCCCUGUGAGUCCGUUUGUGAAAUGUAAUAUUAUAUCAACAAAUAGUUUAGCUAAUUUUUUAUGGAAAAUUACAAAACUGAAUGUACUAAAUGUUUAAAGUAGGAGCGAUUACGUGUUUAAACAUGUGUAUUUAUAUAUUUGGUUUAGUAGGUCAGAAAUACUUUUCUCCUUUGAACAACUUGAUUUGACAAUUGUCAACAAUUCCUGGAUGUGGCUAGUUUCAUUUAUCAAUGUUAUCACCUAAUCUAUGGAUGCAAAUGCAGCAACUAGCGUCUCAGUCCGUCCCACUAAAGCCUUCUCCUUCAUCUACGUUUCAGCUAUAAUUUCAUUCUUACAGAGGACGGUAACAACUAUAAAUAUAAAAAACUUACAGUGGAUGUCCUUAAUUUGAAAAUGGCCAAUAAUCCAACCAGUUAAACAUCUCUGUAUAGGUGUGUUGAAGUUUGUUUAUGUUCUUCAGGCUGUUAGAUAAUGAUUGUCUCUAACAGUAAAGAAAUAGACUCAUGGUUCUUAAGAAAAUAACGAAUAUUCCGAAGAUACUUCUGAGUGUUAUCCUACACUGUCAAGGUGUGUUCCUUCUGUAGAAUUGUGGAAAAUCUUACAGUGAUGAGAAAUUACUAAUACAGUUUUGUUUUGACAAUUGUCGAAGAAUAUAUGAACUAAAUGGGUUAAAUGUACUAAAUUCUGUGGUGUAAGGUCAAAAAUUCUCAGCUAGUGAUAUUUUUCACCUCUGCUCAUAAAUUUAUGAUAUAAAGACAAGUAAAUUACACUGUUUUGACAUAAGCUGUUUGACGUUUUUAUGUACAUAUUAUCAGUGUAUAAUUUAUCUUAGAAGUCAACUGUUAUUGAAACCUCAGUGUUAUUGAGGUUCAACAUUACUACGUCAGUUGUUAUGGGAAAAGUGAUAGCUGUUUUCUCACUUUUGAAUUUGUUUACAGUGAGACAAAAUUGGUCAUAUGUGACGGACUGCAGAGGUAUGUUGUGUUUUUAACUAUUUUAUUGUUCUUUGAUAUUUCUGAUUUAGUAAAACUUUAAAUUGUUCUGGCAACUAUACACAUUUUGAGAUGUUCUGUCAGGGAAAAUAUUUUGCAGCUUCCUUGUUGCUGUGCAAUGCACAUGUUAGAUAAUAAUCUUUUAAGGAUCAAUCACUGGGAAAAUUGAUAAUGAAAGAUAUGUUCAGAAAUGUAAGUGGUAAGCAGCAGCAGCCUAGUUUAAAACUCCAAUUCUUGUAAAAACUAACUAUGGAAUCAAAUAUUAUUAUUAUUAUGACAAUAGAAAAGUAUUUGUGUACUAAUUAUUAUUAAUUAUUUAUUAACAUCUGUACAACCCAAUCCAUGUUAAAAAAUAACAAUUAAAUUAUUGUUUCAAAGUCUUGUAUAAGACACACUUUAUGUUCUUGUAGGUAUUACCUUUUGAAUAUUACGUGUGAACAAAUUUGGUAAUCUCAAGAGUUAAUUUAAGUUGGAUUUGUUAACUCACAUUAUCCUCCCUUUUGAAAAGCACAAUUUUUGCUCAAAAUAUAUAUAGAUAUAUUUAAAGAGUUGUGUUUUACAAAUUGAUCGCAUUUAUUGGUUUUAUUGUUAACAAUAACAUGUGUAUUUAUGACUUCUUAAAUAAACAUUGGCCGAGUUUUAAAGGCACAAGCUUUUGUGUAUAUCUGUUUAAGGCAAUACUACUCAGUUAUUUAGUCCCCGCACAUUGUUGAAAUUGAAAGUAAGCCCUAAUUAAAAAAGUGGAUGAGUAACCGUAUUCUGUAUAGAAAUAAUACAUCGGCAUGGUUCUGAUUGGAUGUAAUAACAUUUCUUAUUGUUACUAAUAGCAAUAAUGUAUCGAAUUUAGCGGAAUUGACAAUGUUAAGGACUGGCUUUUUACUGUUUGGAAAAUGUAGAAUAUAUAUUUUAUUCCUGAGUUUGCGUAAUAAUUCAGUAAAUGUGCUGAUUAAAUCCAAUAUCUGAAUUAGUGUUUAGUAAAAUUAGUGUGUUGACCGUUUAUUUGUAAUGCACACAUAAGUAGGCAUACACUUCCAUUUUAUAACCGUAACAGUAAAAUGAUCAUACUCAAAGCUGUUUUAAUGUAGACAUUGUACCAUAAUGUUCUGUUAGUUGAUGUGUUGUUUAUUGAAGUGGUAAUAUAUAAUUGUUGUCAAUUCAUAAUAUAACUCUGCUAUUGUACUAACUACAAGAAAAUCUACAUAAUUAGCACGAUUGGAUCAAUAGCAAUAUUGUCAUAAUAACACAAAUAAUGAUACAGGUAUACUAUAUCAAGAACAAGGUACUGUUUAAGUGUUUGAAUAAGAAAAUAUGCCACAAAGCUUUGAACUCACAGUUAUAAACUGGUUAGAUGAUUUUUCCAAAUCGUGAAUUCCUAUUCUAUAUAAACUUAAGCUGUACAGAACACAACUAUAAUACACAUAAGUUUAGCUCCGGUGAUUAGGUAAAGUUUUGUUUAUAUGAGAGUUCCCAUUGUACUGAGUCCAUUACCACAUAAUUUUGCUUCCAGGAAACAAUAAUUGCUGUCAAGGAAUAAUAGUGUUUAGAAAAAUAAUCGUUAAUAUUACUUGUAACUUGUUUGCUUGUUUCCAAGAAUGUGAAACAUUUAUUGAAAUAUUUCAACUGAGUUCUUGUUUAUUCAAUAUUAUAUAAGGCUAUGUUUUUUUAUAACAAGAUUUAAGAUUUUACUGUCCUCAAAUCAUUUUUGUGUAAAUUAAAAACAAAAUAAAUUUAUUGACAAGAAUCCACAAAAUUAGCAAAUUUGGAAAUGUAUUUUAAUCACUUCAAAAAUAAGAUUAAUUCUCUAGAUUAAUAAGAUUUAAAUAAUCUUGAAAGAUCACAGAAAAUGAAUGUUUGUUUAUUACUGGUGUUUUUGUAUCUAUUAUUAUUUUUUUAAAUUCAUGAAUCCAAUAAAUAUAUUUACUAUUAUUAAUAAUUAUGUUGGAGUUUACUCUAAUUUACUUAUGUCUAUGAACAAAUCAAUUACUGUUUAAAUCGAGUAUAUAGAUAAAGCGUUUGUAUUGUUUAAUUUUUAAUAUUUAUAAAAUAUUUGAUCAACUUUUUGUAAUAAUUUUUAAUUAUUAUGUUUUUUUUUAUAAAAUAUUAAAAUGUGUCUUCCGAUUUACUAACCAUUUAUCUGUAUUGACUUUCAAAUAAUACUAAUAACUUACAGGCAUUUUAAAGUAACUAACGUAAAUAACAGUUCACUGCUGUAUUGGUCCAAUUUUCUUUUUUUACAAAUGUCAUAUUUUGAAACUGGUAGAUUCCCUUAGUUUGGGUUGUUAGGUGUUGUAGUUCAAAGAUUCUAUAAAAACCAUAAUUUGUUUGAACAAGUGGUUCCAAGAUUUGUAUUUUACUAAGAUUAAUGUAAUGAAAGCUAGUUUUGUAAAUAUACAUUAAAUACACAACAUGUGAAUGGUUUAAUUUUAAACCAUGUGUAUAAAGCUAUAAUGUUUCUACAGUAAAGGACUUUCAAAAUGUAGAUUUUAAGGAUGUUUAUAAAAAUAAAAUACUGUUUAGUUCUUUGUUGUUUGAAACAAAACACACUUUGUUGUACUUUCAAUCACAGCGAUGUUGUAUAUUCUAUGUUUAAACAUUAUUUAUUAAUGAUCAUUUAAUUUUCAAUUAAAAUUUGUUUUUAUCGUAUUUAUGAAAAAUUGUGAAAGUGCCAAAAUACUUUUAAAGGACUAAACGAUUUUAUGUCUGCACUCUGAAAUUUUGUGUAAAAUAUUAGUCGUACAAUGUAACAAUUUCAUUGAUCUAUUUCAUGAAUCCAGUAAAAAUGUUCUCAGUUACCUUUAUCAUUUAAAAAAGUGAAAUGCUCUGAAAGGCAAACGGUAAAUAAUCACAUACAAUUUUUGUUAUUAGUUAAUUUUUGUGUUGAGUCUGUCAAGAGAUUUCUUUGUUAUACUCAGUUUUCUCUAAAUGAAAUAAAUUUCAGACCUUAUAAAUGUUACUUGUAGAAUGUUUUCCUCAUCUUUGAUCAUAACAGUAAAACAAGUCUAAGAAGUAAAGUAAAAAAGUGAAGAAGCUAAGUUUUCACAAUGCUCCACAAUUAUUAUUUGUAGAGUUUUUGUGCAAACUUCUUAUAUGAUCUAUUUUUCAUCUCAAACUUGUAAUUAUAAAAAAAUAUUAAUAUGUUUGAAACUAAACUUUUCUGAAUUUAUUUUAAUAACUUGUGCCUUUGUUUUAUUUCAAUGGUAUAUCAGUCAUAUUUUUGCCAAAAAAAGGUUUAUUAUUUUAAUCCCAAUGAUAUCCUUAGUACACAGUCAAAAAUGUUAUUUAAAUUGAUAUAUUAAUUUAAUAUUUAUUUUAUUAUUAAAAGUCUUUUCUGAUUUAUUUUGGUGCUACUCGCUUUUGAACAUUUUAUUAUUAAUUCAUUGUAUAUUAUUAUUAAUGGCCUUAUCAAGUUCAUCAAUGAUAUUUUAAUAAAAGUUAUAGAUUUGUUUAUUCUAGCUAUACAUAAUUAUUCCUAUAAUUAUAGUUUAAACUCUUCAAGAUAUAAUGUCAUUUUCUGAAAUAUUUGAAGACCAAAUAAUUGCUACUUUGUUUUUUUAGCUAUUGUAAUGUUUUUCUUUAAAACAAAAUUGUGUUUACUAAGAAUGCAUUUUUAAUUUUUAAAUUUGAACAGCGAAUUUCAAAUAAAGCUAAUGUUUUGUUUUAUUAAAAUCUUAAAUCAAUAGUGUCAUUGUGGCUUAGAGAAAAUAAUUUUAAGAAAAGUAAUACAUAAUAUUUAGAUAACUUAUAAUCAGAAGCAAUAUUUUGAUUGAAGUGGUAUAGUUUAAUAAAGUAAAGCAAACCCACAUAACUGCGCAGGCAAAAUAAUGUCUUAUUUGUAAGUAAUUUAGCAGAGGCUGAUACAGUUUUAAACAGUUCUAAAGAAAAACAAUGCAAUAUAAAAGUGGCAUUCGGUGAACCAAUAAGACAAGUUGUUAGAAAGAUCUGCCUUAACUAACAUUGUUAUCAUAGCCCCUGAAUGUGUGUCAGUGUUCUUAUUAUAUAGUUUGUGAUACAAUAUUUGUAAUAAUUUUUAAAAAAAUAUUGUAGCAAUACUGCAAAUAAUGUGGAAAUACAUUAUGUAUUUGCCAAAUACAAUCCUUGUGAAAUAGAACAGACUGUGUGUCAAUAAAAUUAUUUCCAUCAAA